AUGGUUCCUCAACAAAGCCCACAGCAGCCUGGCGGCCAGGCUCAAGACUUUUCAUUAGAAGGCGUUCGCCUCACCAAAGAUGGCGUGCCUCGGAAAAAGCCCGGCCGGAAGCCAGGCACCACCGUCGCAAAAAAGGCAGCAGACGGAACAAAUCCCGCAAUGGCAACAGCGACUGCUUCUGGAUCCGGUGUCGACAAGCUAAAGCGGCCUCGCAAACCUCGGGACCCGAGCGCACCACCUAUGGCUCGCAAGAAGCGCGCAACUGGCUCCGAUGCUAACGAAACUGUCGGCUCGACGGGCCUUUCGCGGUCUUCGUCAGCCAACAUGCACUUCGAGCCUAAGCACGAGCUGACGUCCAUGCGCAUGGACAUUGACUCUCGCCCGGCACCACGCUCUCUUGGCCCGUCUGCUAUUCUGCACCAGCAACCGCGCCAGCCGCCAUUGACUAUGAUCGACAAAAUGCCGAAGCGGGAGCAUCCUCCGAGCUCAAUGAUGAGCAUUUUAAAUGCCGACGACUCGCCACCGCGCCCAUCCCAGCCAGCGGCUACAUCUACAACGCCUGUCCGAUCUAUCGGACAAAACUAUGACCCUGUGCGAUCUUCGACGUACGAUCCAGUUCGUGAGACAAUGAUGUCGCGCGAUCCCUACGGCACUGGGCCACUGGGCUCACCGCGUGCCCCGUCACAUGUCACGACAAACCGUGCUAGCGCAUCGCCAUCAAUUGCCAGUCUCGUCGACCCGGCACCCUUGACACAUCGCUCACCCGUUGGACAGUUUGCUUUAGCCAGCCAACACUCGCCGCCUUCCUUGUCGGUGGCUGCUGCUACGACCUCCUCGAAUAACCCACCAGUUUCCCGGUACAGGGAAAACGUCCCCUCUCUUCCUCCUUCACCAUCCCCGGCACCUCCGAUGCGCACGUUCGCCGUGCCAACACCUUCAUCUUCUUCAAAGCCUUCUCCUCAGGCCGCACCAAUGUCCAAAUCUGCAUCGUCAGAGGCAGCACCUCCUAUGGCGACGAUAUCAUCGUUGGCAGAUGCUUCGAGACCGCCUUCGGAUGCAGCACUUUCUGCGGAUGCUAAAUCGGCCACAAAGAAGGACGCACAAGGACCGAGCAAGUCCAGCAAGCCACCUCCGCCGCCUCCUGUUCCUACAGCGGUCAAGACGGCGUCUGGGAAGCCUAUGACGACAAAGGCCGCUGAGAAGGCCGCCGAGAAGGCCGCCGAAAAGGCCGAGAAAGCCGCUGAAAAGGCUGAAAAGGCGGCCGAAAAGGCGGCCGAGAAGAAGGCUGCAGCAGCUGCCAAGGCCGCCAUUAAGACAGCCAAGACCACAGCAAAGAGUGCUGCUAAGGCUGCCGGCAAAGCCAGCACCAAGUCGUCUGCUGCCACAGAGGCUUCCGCACCAAGCUCACCGGAAACGUCAACCAUAUCUAAGGCAUCGGACCCUAAGACGGUGGCGAACUCAGAGGAUGUUGUGAUGUCCGGCACGGAGACCGCGGCGCCUGCCAACAGUGCCCCGCAUAUCAAGAAGUUUGCUUCCAUCCUCCAGCAAGAGCGAGGCGGAAAGAAGAGUGCCGCCUCGUCUCCCAAGCUCGCCGCUGCAAAGGGUGACGCUGUAGGUGCUCUCGCUGUUCCGGACGCCUCGCCUCUGCUUGCCGGCAGCGAGCCGGAGCGGUCGAUUCUCGACUUUGGAAAGGCGAUGCCUGGCGAAGAAAACGCUGUUCCGUCAAUUGUGCUGCACAUCCCGCUGGUCCAGGGCGAGAGCAACACGUACAUCAACUUUAUGCGCCUGGCCGAAAAUCAAUUCGGCUGGGAUGCCCUGCACCCGCGCCUAGCUGCCCACCGGGAUCGCAAGCUGCGGAUUGCCGCCGCUUCAGCCGCCCUCGAGAGAAACGGUUCCGGCCGCGAAUCAGGCGACGAGAUGACGGACGACAUGCAGUCGGGCGACGAAGGCAGCAACGAGGAAAACGGUGCCGGCGCUGACAAUGGCAACGCCACGGCUAAUGCCAGUGGCAUCGAAGAUGCGCCUGCGAAGCCUGCUCGCAAGAAGCGCACCUUCAAGGAGGAUGAAUACGACCGCGACGACGACUUUGUUGACGACUCCGAGAUGCUGUGGGAAGAGCAGGCAGCCGCCAGUCGUGAUGGCUUUUUCGUGUACUCCGGCCCUCUUGUUCCCGAGGAAGAGAAGCCUGAGGAAGGAGCCACAACACCCGCAAAGCGCGGCCGCGGCAGCCGCGGAGGACGCGGCGGUGCCCGGUCUGCCGUUGGUCGUUCUGCGGCUGGCCGGUCUACGACGGGGCGUGGCGGCGGACCAGGCUCGCGCGGCGGCACCACAUACCGCCGUCCUCGCAUGACCAAGGUCGAGAAGGAGCAGCGCGAUCGUGAAAAGGCCGAACAAGACGGCACCAAGACGACGAAAGCGAAGGCAGCCAAGACGGCCAAAGCGGCCGCGGACAGCAAUGUCGACACGAGCUCGCCGUUCUCGACCAGCAUGGCUAUUGAUCUCUAG